AUGGCAUACGACGUUUAUAUGACGGCAAAGAAGCUGAAGCAUUAUUUUAACGCGCAUCAGAUCUGGGUUAUAUGCGAGGCGCCCAUCUCGGAAAUCAUGAGCAAUAAAGACGCAAGUGGCCGGAUCGCAAAAUGGGCUAUUGAGUUAGCACCCUACACGCUGCAGUACGACAGACGGGAUGCCAUAAAAUCUCAGGCUCUCGCGGAUUUCCUGGUAGACUGGGCCGAGAUAGAAUAUGAACCACCGCCGCCUGAAACUAGGUACGGGAAGAUGCAUUUUGAUGGCUCUAAAAUGAAAAGUGGGUUUGGUGCCGACAUAAAGAUCAGUGGUCACUUCGAAGGAUGCGAAUUCCAUCAUAUACCGCGGGCGGAGAAUGAGGCAGCCGACACGGUGUCGAAGCUCCGCUCAAUGCGACAGGCUAUCCCGGCUGGAGUGGCAUUGGAACAUUUACGCAAACCAUCCAUCAAGCCCUUAGCAGAAUCGGAGUCAAUUUUUAUCCCAGCAAGCUCAGAAGGUGACGCCACCCCAAUGGACAUUGACGGUGGCAGCGGUUCUGAUAACCCGGGGACCGAGCGCCCUAACUCGGCGGAAGCAAUGGCGGUUGAGCCAAUGGAGGUAGACAUACCUGAUGAGCCAGUUUUUGCUACUCGUCCCGUGCCGGCUUGGGCACAACCGAUAAUGUCUUAUCUCAAAUAUGGGAGUCUCCCAGAAGAGGAAGUGUCGGCAAGGCAAAUUCAGAGAAGGGCAAAGGCCUACACUAUCAUCAAUGGUGAACUAUACAAGAAGAGUGUUACUAACGUCUUGCAGCGAUGCGUCGAGCCGGCAGAAGGGCAUGAGAUACUCCGAGAUAUUCAUCAGGGAGAGUGCGGUCACCAUGCGUCUUCAAGAACAUUGGUGGACAAGGCAUUCUGGCACGGUUUCUACUGGCCGAGUGCGCUACAGGAAGCAGAAGACAUGGUCCGGAAAUGCAAUGAUUGCCAGAGAUAUGCCAGCAAGAUUCACAUGCCGGCAUCUGAGCUCAAGACUAUUCCAAUCACUUGGCCAUUUGUUGUUUGGUGUUUGGAUGUGGUGGAACCUUUCAAGGGGGCGCGAGGAGGCAUGACGCAUAUUUUGGUCCUGGUUGACAAGUUCACCAAAUGGAUCAAAGUGAAGCCGAUACGAAAGUGUGACGGCAAGACCGCGGUAUCAUUCUUGAAGGACAUCAUCUUGAGGUAUGGUUACCCCCACAGUGUCAUUACGGAUAACGGAACGAACUUCGCGGAAGGACCUUUUGCGCGAUUUUGCGCGGAAAAGAAAAUCCGGCUAGACGUCGCCUCCGUGGCACAUCCUCAGUCCAACGGACAAGUUGAGAGAGCAAACGGCAUGGUUCUAGCCGGCAUAAAACCUCGGUUGAUUGAGCCACUGGAACGCACUCUAGGAUGCUGGUUAGAUGAACUCCCAGCUAUGCUAUGGAGUCUCAGGACAACUCCAAAUCGCUCUACAGGCUACACGUCAUUUUUCCUCGUAUACGGGGCGGAAGCUGUCUUACCAGCCGACAUUGAACAUGACUGUCCGCGAGUGACCAUGUAUACGAAGGCCGAGGUAAAAGAGGCCCGAGAAAAUGAUGUCAACCUGCUCGAAGAAUCACGGGAAUUGGCUCUAUCUCGGUCGGCCAUCUAUCAACAACACCUAAGGCGUUAUCACAGCCGGAGGGUAAACCAGCGAGUAUUCCAGAAAGGAGACCUCGUGCUCCGACUUGUGCAGCGCACAGCCGGGAUGCAUAAACUGUCACCCCCAUGA